UCCAAUAGAAAAGUUCUAAAAUUAACAUUAAUUACAUUAAUUGAUUCUGUAGUUGAACUAGACACAAAGCUUGGUAAAUUCAAGUACCUUGCUAGUUAACUGCCUGUACUUUUUGCAUAAGUUUUCUUAAGCUUCUCCCUCUUUGGAAACUAAGACAUCUUACUACCUCUGAUUUGCUCAUAUGGAAAUUGCUUUUUGACUCCUUAACAUUUUGUUCCACCUCUCUGGAACUCAUUUUAUCGCAGGUAUAUUUUGCAUCAAAGGAGACCAAAAUGAUGCAGAAGGAGAAGCUCUUACCAUUUUACACAGAAGACCUCUAACCCUCUUUGCUGUUAUUUCCAAUCUUCUCAGCAGAGUUUUACAAAUUAUUCACUUCCUUUAAAAGUCUGAAAGUUGAGCUAAAUUUGGCUUUCAAAGACUUACUAGAAAAAAAGGAAGGUUAACAGUUUCUCAAAACAAGACACCAUUAGGUGCUGAUUAGCUUCUGAUGAGAUAAAUUGAAAGACUUGAUCCUAUUCUUUUACCAGGAAUUGACUUAAAGUGAGCUAUUUAUACAAGGGCAUCUAAAACCCCCCAGAAGCUGUCUAAUUUUGAGCAUCUCAUUUUUUCUGAGUCUGAUAUUUCUGUGUCUCUAAAUCUGAAGCAAAAUUCAUAGAAAGCAAGAUGAUUCAACAGUUCUCAAAAAUCAGGCUUUUGCUAUCAAACCUGGGGAAAAAAAAAAUCAAAGUUAGAUCACCCUUUGCAAAAUAUAAUCUCUAAACUUUUAGGACCAAACCUUCUUGUGAUGUCAAGAGGGCAUGACAGUAUUAUAGAUAGAAGAGCAUUGAUCUUCAGCCAAGGAAAAGACUUCGAUGCUUGUUUCAGUCAACCACACGAGACCCACGGAGCACCUGAUGUGCCUAAAACUCAGGAGCUUUCCCAGAUGCAGCCUAAUGUGUUCUUUGCCUUCCCAAAAAGGACCUGCUCUGACAUUCCACCUCCAUCAAAUGAAGAGGGGAUGUGCUCGACAGGGAGAGAAUUAAAUAAGCAGCACCACAACGCUUUAAGGAUGCAGGAGGAGGAAAUGCAUUACUUUGUGCAAAUAAGUAUUUGUGACAGUAUUUGUUAGGUGUGGCAGCUCCAAAAUAACUACCUGCUGCAGCUGAAGAUUUGAACAGAUUAAAAAGGGCAAAGAAGUGUCAUUUUGUGCUUCCAUGGAGCAUGGGAACACCCAGCCUGCAAUGCCUCAGCAAUUCAGUGGACCCACCAGGACACAGAUACCAUCCUCCACCACAAAGUGCUGGUUUGCAAAAUAAUCAUAAUUUAAUUUUAAAAAGUUACAAAGCCGUUUGCAACUGCCCACUGUAAUUAUUUUAUCUGGAAAACAAGUUCAUUCUGGUCUUAACCAGGGGAAGGCAUAAACAUCUACUAAUAGAGAAGAAACAAAGUUUAAUUUGCUCAUGGAUCAGUGAAGUCCAAAAAUGUGCAUUCGUUUUGGGUGGACUCUGCCCUUUCUUGGAAUUUAAGAUUCAGGAGUGAGGGCCAGCAGAGCUUAGAAAGACAACCCUCACAAUCUGCAUCCACUCCUGGCUUCACUGACUGUAACAAACCACCCAGAAACUGAAUACCUCAAUAAAUAAAAAGGGAUCUCUUAAGAGGUGACAUGAACCUUGAAGAGUAUUUUGCAAGAACUGGCUAUAAAGGCUCCCUUGAAAAGCAAGAUUUGGAAACCUUAACUGAUAUAUUCCAGCACCACAUCCGUGCUGUUCCCUUCGAAAACCUCAGCAUCCACUGCGGCGAGAAAAUUACUUUGGAACUGGAGCAUGUUUACAACAAAAUCGUGCAGAGGAAGCGGGGGGGCUGGUGCAUGGAAAACAACCAGCUGCUGGGCUGGGUCCUGAAGUGCCUGGGGUAUGACACCAGCUUCCUGGGAGCAUAUGUGUUCAACCCCCACCAAAACACAUAUGCCACCAUCAUGACUCAUCUCCUGGUAAAGGUAGUCAUUGAUGGCAAAGCCUACAUCGUCGACGGAGGCUUUGGCGUGUCCUAUCAGAUGUGGCAGCCCAUGGAGCUUGUGUCGGGGAAAGACCAGCCCCAGGCUCCCGGCGUCUUCCGCUUCACGGAAAAAAACGCCGUCUGGUACCUUGAGAAAAUGAGACGGAAACAGUGUAUCCCCAACCAGAACUUCUCUAAUUCUGACCUGCUGGAGAAAAAAGAGUGUCGGAAGGUUUAUAUGUUCAGCCUUGAGCCACGGACAGUGGAAGAUUUCCGUUUCCAGUGCACAUACCUUCAGACCUCUCCAGAUUCCCUCUUUACAAAGAAGUCCAUCUGCACCCUCCAGACCACCAAAGGCUUCCGAGCGCUAAUUGGGUGGACGUUCACUGAGACCACGUACAACUACAAGGAAAACAUGGAUCUGGUGGAGUUUGUAACUCUUGAAGAUGAAGAGGUGGAAAAAACCCUCAAAGAGAAAUUCAACAUUACCCUAGAUAGAAAACUCGUCCCAAUUAAUGUUAAAGGAUCUUACACAAUCUAGAUGAUCAGGAAAACCUACAACAAUGCUACGUAGGUACAGCACCUUCCACUGUCUGUGCAAUCCCUUCUGCAAGGUUAUGGGAUUCAUUUACAGGUGACUGAAAGACAAAUACAGUAAUAUGGGAUUAAAGUGACUUUCACUUCGGGAAAAAUUAGGAAUUUAAGACUCUUGAGUCAGUCAGAUAGAAUUAUUUGCUGUGAGAUGACUGCCAUUCAAUUUUUGGCACAAACGUAGGAUCUGAUUUGAAUCUGGUUAUAAGCUUGGGUAAGAAAUAUGUCUGGGGUAUAUUGGACUGCCUGUAGCACACAAAUAGGAGUAUGGAUUAUUGAUUGUGAUGUGCUGCCAACACAUUUUCUGUGGUUAUUAUAGGGAGACAAGUCAUCUGUGAGCAUUUAGACAAUGAAGUACACAUUUAAAACUUCAUUUUUCAUAAGAUCCGACCACUCACCACUCAUGUCAUUUCUCUGCCUUUGUCAUCUUUGAAAGGAGCAUUGGGAGGCAUAAUUCUUUCACCAUCAUCCUUAGACAAAACAUAAUACAAAAUGAAAAUUAUCAUCAUGUGCAUCCUUUUGGCCAUUACUGCAGUAAACUAAACUACCAAAAAGUAAUUUUUGGUAUGUACAGAUUUUUCUGGUGAUGAAAAUUCUAUAUAUUGCAGUGCUAUAGUGGCUGAUGGGCUCUAAGGAGAUAACUACAAGCUUUGCUUCUGAUAAGUAAUCAUCCUAUAAAUGGUGAUUAAACGUCACAGCUGGCUUAGAUUUACUUUUGUCCCAAAAGGGGUAGAAAUGUUGUAUUUUUAGUAUUUCAUUUUAUUUGUAUAACAAAGGUAGAACAAUGAAGCUAAGCCCACUAUAUCCUUAAUUCUCUACUCUCUGUGUAUAGCAAACAUAAGAGUCCAUGUAGCUGUCCUGCAUGGGAACUGCUUAGCACAGGAGCUUAAAUGUCACAAGGGAGUUUGCUCAUCUGUAUCAAAGUGAAAACAAAACCAGGAGCCAGCCAAAUCUAAAAGAAACUCUUUCUUUUGAAUUAUUUCACAAUCACGUUUCCUCAUUUUUUAAAAAAUAUUGUUCCUCCUACCAUGCUUCUCUGCAAAAAGCCCAACCAAGGGGAAACAUUCUUAAAUACAUACAAAAAUAGCAGAAGCAGUGAAAAACACUCUUUCUCCCCAGUCUGAGUAUUGGUCAAAUGUUGAUUCCUCCCACUGAUAGUGUAUUUUUGCUCAAAGGCAUCACCUGAUCGUUAAUCUCACAAAUGCUGUAAGUGUAUACCAGAAAAUAAAUAAAAGGAAAAUAAAA